AUGCGCGAGUAUACAGAAAAGAAGGAAACAUGUGGGACCAUCUGUCUCAAGUACCUGCUCUUCAUCUUCAACUUUUUUUUCUGGCUGGCUGGUGGGGCCGUGAUGGCAGUGGGCGCCUGGACCCUAGCUGAGAAGAGUGACUACAUCAGCCUGCUCUCCUCCAGCACGUAUUCAGCAACGGCUUAUAUUCUGGUGGUGGCUGGGGUGGUUGUCAUGGUUACUGGGAUCCUUGGUUGCUGUGCCACCUUCAAAGAACGUCGGAAUUUGCUAAGAGUGUACUUCAUAUUGUUGCUGUGCAUCUUUCUCCUGGAGAUCAUUGCUGGAAUCCUGGCCUAUAUCUACUACCAGCAGCUGAGCAUGGAACUGAAACAAAAUUUGAAGAACACCAUGACCCAGAAGUACCGGAAGGAGGGAGAAGAGAGCGUUACCAGCGCAGUAGACAAACUGCAGCAGGAGUUCAAGUGCUGCGGGAGCAACAACUACACGGACUGGGCUGACAGCCUGUGGAUCAAAUCACCAGAGGCCAAUGGACGGAAAGUCCCAGACAGCUGCUGUAAGACGAUAACUGACCUGUGUGGCCGCCGAGACCAUCCUUCUAACAUCUACAAGGAGAGCGGUUGCAUUACCAAGCUGGAAAACUUCAUUCAAGAGCAUCUGAAAAUUAUUGGAGCAGUGGGGAUCAGCAUUGCUUGCGUGCAGAUCUUCGGGAUGAUUUUCACCUGCUGCUUGUACAGGAGUUUAAAGCCGGAACCAUAUUAAUAGCUGCAGGAACUCUGUUGCUCCCCCUCUGCCACUUCCCUUAGUGCCUGCCAACCUGCCCACUCUCCAGCACCGCCACAGAAGUGUCUGUAACCUGAGGACUCGGCUCUGUAGUUAAAUGCCUCUCAAACCACACACCGCCUUACCUGCACCCCUGGGGGAAGGUCACCUUCCUUGUUGUGUACAAGGCAGCCAGGAGUUCAGCGGGACCUCUUCAUUGUCAAGAAACAAGAGAGCUGCAGGUCUUCUGCUGGAGGCUUUAGCAAAACGGUCCUAUGAUAGAACUACAAAGCAAGAUUUCUCCAGGGCUGUUUCUCUUGAGGCUUUUCAGGAGCCAACAUGAAGGUAUCAGGAUCCUCUA